AUGGUGCCUCUGCUCAAGACCCCAAGUGAACAGAGAGCGAAAUGGGAAAGCAGUGUUUCAAGAAGCCAAGGAGAAGUCAGAGAAGUACAACACACCUAUCACUGGUACUCGUCCAACCUACAGAAACGGGCCCGGGUAGAUGAAUACAAGCCCUGGCAACACACUACUGUCCGGGCGAAUGCUUCCAAAAUGUUGUGGGUCAAGCUGCAGGAGGCUUUGGAUGAGCUGAAUAAUUCCCUAAAAAAGUUCACAGAGAAGUUCCUGCAGGACAAGCCCUUCAUUGUGAGCAGUGAGAUUUCUCUGGCAGACCUGGUGGCUAUCAGAGAGUUCAUGCAGCCCGUAGGUGCUGGUUGCCACAUCUUUGAGGGCUGGCCCAAACUGGUGACAUGGCACAGCCAGGUGGAGGAAGCUGUGGGGAAGGAGCUCUUCCAAGAAGUGCACGAAUGGAUCCUGAAUGCCCAGGAUUUGAGGAAAGUCCAGAUUGACCCACAGAUGAAGGAGGAAAUGAAGCCCAAGAUGCUGAAGUAGGAGGAAAUGUGAAGUAUUCUUUCACUGCUAGACUUUUCUGAAUGUUUUUCUAAAUCCAACCCCCGAAAUUCCCCUGAUAUGUGUAAUUACCCUGUGCCAAGAAGAAAGAACUUGCCACACGUUUCACUUGAGUAAUGGAACUUUUCCACGUGUUCUGUCUUUAUCCUCUAACAGUAAACCACAGCAGGGCACUUUAAAAUUAGACCUUUUUUCCCUUAACCAUUGCCUUUUUGU